GGCGGGCCUGGGGGUGUCACUGGGCGGGGCUCGCAGGAGCAGGAAGGCCCCCCUCAGCCUCUGCUCAUAGGGGAGUCUCCACCUGCACGUGACCAUGACAGGAGAGCUCAGACACCCGCUGAGUAGCUGCUAAUGAAUGUUCUAGAACCCUCCGUUCCCGCUGGCAGUUUGCAUAGAGCGGAGCCUUGCUCUGCAUUGAACAGCCACUGAGAUGCGUGUGCAGACGGCACGGGGAGGGACAAGAACGCGCAGUGGCGCAGGCACGUGCACAGGCCCCGCCCUGCGCGGGGGGAGCACAUUCAUUAGCAGCCGCAGCCGGUGCCCCCGCCUUUUGGUUGGCCCCCCUCCCCUUUCUGUUCGCACCAUGUACGCCAUCAGCGACAUGUAAUAAAGACAUUCCCCAUGAUGCCAUGUGCUGUCCGUUUAUUUGCUGUAUGUCUUUUUCUGUUGGUUGCUUGCAUUUUUAGGAAAAAUCCAUUCCAUGUUUUAAUUCUGAUUUAAUGCUUUGUUUUUCCUUUGUGACUUUGAUUUAAGAUUGGAAUUACCUCAAUGCAAAGGGUUUAAUAUGUGCUUUUUAGAAACAGAGAUGAAGGGGGUUACAGGCGCCCCCUCUGCCGGAGCUCCUGCCAGCUUGCUUGUGCGUAGCAGAGCCCGCGUCACCCCUUUGUCUGUAGCCUCCCCUUAGGUCUCGGAUCCCACACUUUCCUGUGCACGUGGACGUGGAGGCACCGCAGCCAUGACGGUGGGCAAGAGCAGCAAGAUGCUGCAGCACAUCGACUACCGCAUGCGCUGCAUCCUGCAGGACGGCCGCAUCUUCAUCGGCACCUUCAAGGCCUUCGACAAGCACAUGAACCUGAUCCUCUGCGACUGCGACGAGUUCCGCAAGAUCAAGCCAAAGAACGCCAAGCAGCCCGAGCGAGAAGAGAAGCGGGUGCUGGGCCUCGUGCUGCUGCGCGGGGAGAACCUGGUGUCCAUGACUGUGGAGGGGCCUCCCCCCAAAGACACUGGCAUCGCUCGCGUCCCCCUGGCUGGGGCUGCAGGAGGCCCUGGGGUUGGCAGGGCGGCUGGCAGAGGCGUCCCAGCUGGCGUUCCUAUUCCACAGGCUCCUGCAGGACUAGCAGGCCCUGUCCGAGGGGUAGGGGGACCUUCCCAGCAGGUGAUGACUCCACAGGGACGAGGCACCGUUGCGGCUGCCGCGGUGGCGGCCACGGCCAGCAUUGCUGGAGCCCCGACUCAGUACCCCCCAGGGCGGGGGACACCCCCUACCCCUGUGGGCCGGGCCACCCCCCCUCCAGGCAUUAUGGCUCCUCCACCGGGUAUGAGACCACCCAUGGGCCCACCCAUUGGGCUUCCCCCUACUCGAGGGACCCCGAUCGGCAUGCCUCCUCCAGGAAUGAGGCCCCCGCCCCCCGGGAUCAGAGGUCCACCACCCCCAGGAAUGCGCCCACCAAGACCCUAGGCUACUGUUGUCCUUAGUCUCUCUCUGCACUGUGUCUCGUGAAACUGUAGCGUGUUUGUGAGCUGUCCUGCCGCACUGAUAGUCACUAAUAAACGAUAGAGCAACACUGA